AGACUUUUGACUAAUCAGCGGAAACAUCCGGUAAAUUCAAAACGUGACCCGCCCAGCCUGUUGUUUUUUUCUGUCUAGGCUGCCAGCGCUCGUUAUUUUAGUGGAGUUUUUAAUAGGACUAAAAAAAUUGAUUUUGUAUACAUUACUUAAGAGCGAGUUGCCAUGGAAUCUCAGUUUGCUCACCUUCGCCAGCGGGACACCAGUGUGCCUAUGCUGAGGGUGAAAAUGUCCCGGAGAAGGUCUCAGUCCCAGAAGGAGAAUCGAGAGCGGGUCGUGAACACAAGGAGGCGGCUGGACAAGCUGCCAGAACUCGAUACCUCCGUUGCUGUGGCCAAUAUGUCUGUUAUUCAGGAGAAGCCACAGAACACAAAGCCUGCUAAAAAUGUUGCAGGAGAAGACAGGUUAAAACAGCUUGAGCGCUGGAAAGAGCGUAAGGCUCUUGAGAAGCAAAAGAAAGAAAGAGAGCGAAAAGGUGUAUUUAAGACAGGACUGUAUCAUCCAAAAGACAGCAUUGCCCUCGUCACACUCCCAGCUGCCCCCCAAAAAACUAAUGAGACAAAAGUGAACAUGAUUCCAUUCCAGAAUAUCAGAGUAACUCGUUCAAUGAAACAGCAUCCCCAAGUGGAAAAAACACAAGUUGUAAAUUCUGUGUCAAAGAAAGUUCAACCUCCAGUGGAAAGAUCAACCAGAAGCCGGACUGCUGCUGUCAAAUCUACAGCAACUGUGACCAAAGUCAGUGCAGUUUCACUUGCCAGAUCAACAACCAGGCCCAGUGUUAAAGCAGUUCCAGUGGUAACAGACAAACCUAAAGAAAAGGCUGCAGUAAAUGUAAAAACUACAAAGAGCAGAGUAGUCAAGCCUCUGGAACCCCCAUCUGGCAGGGACAGGAAUUCUAAAGCAGGUGCUAUCAGUACCACCCAGCCCGCUGGUGUGAAGGAACUCAAACUGAAGGAACUGAACCUACAGGAUCCAGAGAAAACCCCUCAUGCUCCCAAUCUGGUAUCCUCUACCGAGAAGGAACGCAUGGUGGUGGGCCACGCUUCCACAGACUGUCUACUUUCUGGGGACUCUGAAACAGCAAACUCAUUUGCCCCAGAAGGUUUUGUCUUCCAGGCCCCUGCUGGAUUGUCAUCUUUCAAGUUUGAGCCUCUUACUCCCCGCUCAGCAGAUUCCUUCCUUUCACCAAGCUUCAAUCUGCCUCCAGUACUUACAUUUAAUGCUGAGCUGCCCACUCCUCCUAAAUCCCCUGCCCACUUGUCUCCAUGUACAUCACACUCGGUGGCUCCUGCAUCUCCAGGCAGCCCGCUUGAAUCAAAGCAUGAUGUACCAUACUUUAGAGGGGUAAUUGCCAGUGAGACCGACAGACUGACAGUGUUGUGUGGUCAGUGGGAAUCUAAAGUGGAGGAUGAGUUAAUCCCAGAAGAAAUGAGAGACCGCAUGCGUACAGCUGUUGGCCAGGCAAGGCUUUUGAUGAAAGAACGAUUCAACCAGUUCAGUGGUCUGGUAGAUGACUGUGAACUGGGUCGAGGGGAGAAGAUCACCACUUGCACUGACCUGCAGGGUUUUUGGGACAUGGUUUAUUACCAGGUAGAGGAUGUCAACAAGAAAUUUGACUCUCUCAAAGAAGCAGAGGGUCGAGAUUGGGUGGAGGAGAACAAGCCCGCACCACGGCAGAGGAAAUUACUGAAGAAACAACCAGCUGCGCCUGCUAAGCCCACAGAAACCAAAGCAGCAGCCAAAUUACGUCUGGCUGCUGUGAAAGCGGCUAUGAAGGCCAAACAACAAGCAAUAGAGGCAGCGAGAGCAGCAAAGGAUGCCAGUAAUGUUGAAGAGAAAGGUUGCCUGAACUCUGAGGAACGACCAAUCCAAACAGAGGCCCAAAUCGCAGACACUGUAACCUUUGAUGGAGGGUUCUUCAAGGUGGAGAGUCCAGCCAAACAGUCAGGUUUGGUUAGGAGAUCCAGCCACCUCAGUGCUACUGUUCUGCUUCAGGCCUCUCCUUCCUCAAGCUCUCUUACUCCUCGAAGGACCACCCGACGGUCCCUUGCACUGGCACAAACUCCUGUUUCAGCAGGUGCCUCCCUUCCUCAGCUUGUCCUCCCUAACCCGCAUCAUUGUCUUACACUGGCCCAGACCCCACUACAAGCAUCCCAGCUUCAGUGUGGCAACCUCAUGGCAAGCCCGUGCCAAAAAGAAAAGGACACUGUAAAUGUCUCUCUCUGUGUCAACCCUGUCACAGAAGUACUUUCAGAUGAAACCCAGCCUGAUAAUAGCGCUGAACAGUCAGACAAUACUGUUUCUGAACUAGGCACGCGCAGCCUUGUCGAUUCACUCCAACCCAUUUCUAAGGCCCCCAUAGAGACCCAGGACUCUGUGUGCUGUACACCCAAUAGCCCACUUGUUGAGGACAUUCCAGGGUUGGACUUUGAGCGCUAUCUCCGACCUUCACAGAGAGGCAGCCUGUCAGGGGCAGUUGCCAUGGAGACCCACUCACCUAUGGCAGUAGAUAUAGAGAUGGAGAGUCCCAGAGCACUGUCUGGAGUGUCUUCAGACUUAACUCUUCAGUCACCACAGGUAUGCCCAGCAGAGUCUGCCCUGCUUCCCUUUACUCCACAUGUGAAGAACCAGAUACGUCAGUCUGUUUGUCCGAGUGACCUCAUGGUGUUUACCCCUCCCUCUAAUAUGUAGUACCAGAAGUUUUAUUUUACAUUUGAAGUUUUGACAUCACUUGGUGGAGGGUAUUUUACAAGAACAUUUGAAUAAAGUUCUAGUUACAAAAAGAAAA